AUGAGAAUUUCAAGUAACUCUCUGGCCUACGCCGGGUGUCUGUUGCUUUUCUGUAUUCACUCCCUUGCAGCUCACCCAGCAAUCAUUGUCGACCACAGCUCCUCUAUCUCCCCAGGCCUAGAGCCCCUGACCAUCCGCUCCGACGACACCCCUAAUGUCAACAACAGUGUUACAACCUCGGGCCACCCGUUCUAUCUCCGUAUCCUGCCCCUCGGAGCCUCCAUCACCUGGGGUACAGGCUCCACUACCGGCAACGGCUACCGCAAACCGCUGCGCGACCAGCUCCGCUUCGAUGGCUGGAGCGUCAACAUGGUGGGCAGCCGCGCAGGUGGGAACAUGAACGAUCGUGACGUAGAAGGCUGGCCAGGCUACCGCAUCGACCAAGUACAUUCCCGCGCACGCCUCGUCGUGCCGCGGUAUAAACCCAACGUUGUCCUCAUCAACGCGGGCACGAAUGAUGCCACGCAGGGGUAUCAUGUUGCGUCGGCGGGGGAUCGCAUGCGCGAUUUGGUUAGCUACAUCUUCGAUACCGUGCCAAACGUGACUGUGCUGUUGUCGACACUCCUUCCAAACACUGCAAGCCCUAUGCACGUGCUGCUGAUUAACAGGCAACUGCGUGAUCUAGCAAAGGAGUUCACGAGCAAUGGCAGGCACCUUGUUCUGGUUGACUUUGCGGACGGGUUCCUAACAAUGGAGGAUAUACCUGAUGGGACGCAUCCAAAUGAUGCGGGGUAUGGAAAGAUGGCGGCGAAGUGGUAUCAGGGGAUAAAACAGGCCUACAGGAACGGGUGGCUGGCAUCGCCGGAUCAAGAUGUUGACUUCAGCGAUGCCAAAGCUGGGGAGAAGACUUGCGAUAAGAGGUACGGAAGCGGGAAUCUGGAUGCAAGAAGUCCGAUGCAGGUUCUUAAAGCCCUGUCACCAAGGAUUGUGGAUGAUGGGAGGUAUAUCCAUAAUUCCCAGGCGAUGGGGGUUAUUCACACGGGGACGUAUGAUGGAGACGAUAUGGUGUGGUUUGCGCAGCUGGUGAAUAAUGGGGCUGGUCGUGGCGGAGAGUUGGAUGAUCUUGUGUUUAGUGAGGGACAGGGGGAGAUUUGGUACCGGGAAAAUCUGGGAGAUGGGAAGUUCGGUGAGAAGACACAGAUUCCGUCGCUCAAAGCCAUCCCCUGCCCGCAGAGGGCGAUUCGAUGGGGGGAUGUCAAUAACGAUGGACUAGACGACUUUAUUUUCAUCGACCAAAGUGGAAAUAUGUAUGUCGCUAUCAACGAUGGGGGGAAGCCGCCUGUGUUUAGAAACGUUGGGUUGUAUAAGACUGCGCCGAGCGGGUAUUCGUUAGAAAAUGUUCGUCUGGGUGAUAUUGAUGGGGAUGGGAGGCUUGAUUACUGCGUUUUAGCGGGGAAUGGCGAUAUCUACUGCUGGAGGAAUGGCGGAGUAGGCGACAUGGCGGCAUCCUGGCAAGACAUUGGAGAUGGGAAGCCGGUAUUUAAGGGAAAGGGAAUGGGGAAUAUUGACGGGGUUAGGCUGGUUGACCUUAAUGGGGACUUUCGAGCCGACUGGCUUUGGCUGGACGACACUGGGAAGGUCACGGCUUACAUCAACCAGAGGGGUUCUAACAAGGGUCUCAUCCCGGUCUGGGAUCCUGCCGGAGUAACACAUGCUGGUAUGGGCGAGACCUGCGCGAGAUCUCAGAUCCGUUUUGCGAAGAUCUAUGGAAGUGGGCGUGCCGAUUAUGUUUACGUCAAAUGUACCAGACCCUCGCCCAACCACUGCGACUACCAAAUCCUAGCCUGGCGCAACACCGGCGGUGGCGGUGCACAUCAAAAAGGCGACGGUGCCCGUUGGUGCGAUAUGACGGGCACCGGUAACGACGACUAUGUCUUCAUCGACCACACCAGCAAGUUGACCAUCUUCCGCAACCGCAACGCCCCUCCCAACACAGACUACUCCGGCUGGGUCGACAAGGGCGUCGUUCUCGACCUAUCUGGCACUUCACGCGGUGCAAUCCAUCUCGGAGAUUGGGACGGCGACGGGAAAUGCGACGUAAUCAUCACUGACAAGAAGACAGGCUCCCUAGAUGUAUACUUUACGCGCUGGGACCAAACAACUGACAUGUUCUCCUUCUCCCCUAGAACACGGGUCGUCUCGUCUGGAUGUACUCAAGGCUGGGGCGUCGGUCCUACCGACCUCGGCAUCCGUUUCGCAGACAUUGAUGGCGACAGACGAGUUGACUACCUCUGCCUGGAACCCAACGGGCGCGUCACAGGCUGGCUGAACAAGCCAUCUGGCCUGCAAUGGCAAUCCCAAAUAAAGUUCAGCGAAAAGCGCGACAGGGCCGAGCACCGCUUCGCGGACGUCAAUGGCGAUGGCAGAGCCGACUUCCUCUGGGUUGAUAGGUUCACGGGCGAAACCGAGGUUUGGUAUAACAUGGGGCCGAGACAGAUCUCAGGGAGCUCGUUUUGGUGGGAACCUAAGGGGAAACUCUACCAGGGGGCGUCGAUGGGGGAGAAUUUGCAUUUUGUGAAUCUUGGAGGGCAGGACAGAGCGGAUAUGGUGGUUGUUGAGCCGAAGACGGGGUUGGGUUGGGUGUGGUUUAACGGGUGUCCGUAUGGCGGUGAUGACGGGCCGAUUCGCGAUCCGCAUUUGCCUGUGCUACCAGGGGAGAAGGAUGAAUGGGGUAUGCCUGGGAAAGGGGAUGAUGGAGGAGGGAGAAAUGUGGGCGAUGUGGGUGAUGCAGGAAGGGAUGAUGUCGAGAGACCAUACUGA